UCGAACGGCAGCGGAUGUGACGACGUGGGCUCCCUACCCGGUGACCGGAAGGAGCCGUUUGAAACGACGGAGGCCGGGCGCGGGCAGAAGUCAAAUAUUCAAUGUAUGCAAAGAUGAAAAGAAAAGUGGCAAAAGGUGGGAGACUGAGGCUUAGUCCUAAUGAAGAAGCUUUACUUUUGAAAGAAGAGUAUGAAAGACGACGAAGACUAAGGCUGCAGCAGGUUAGAGAGCAGGAGAGAUACAUUGCCGUGCAGAUAAGACAAGAAGUGAAGCAGAGGAGAGAUGAGCAGCUACAUCAGUUGGCAGAGGAACUGAAAGCAGAGUGGUGGAAAGCACAAAAUCAGAAGAUUAAAGCCUUGGAAAAACUUUAUCUAUCAAGUUUAAGAGCUGUGGGAGAUGGACACAGACAGGCAAAGGAAAAUGAACCUGAUUUGGUGGCUCUGGCAAAGGAAGCAGAGGAAAGGAAACAAAGAGCAGAGAAGAGACAUAAGGAAGCCCUGAAAGAACAGAAAAAUCAAAAAGAAAAAUUGUUGAAAGAGCAAACAUGGCGAACAAAUGCACGUAAGCAUGCAAUGUAUGUGGAAAAAGAGAGAGCUGCCAAAAUUGCAAGCCUGCCACCACCUCCACCCCAUCCUUUUGAGAACUUGGAAGUGAAAAGACUGCCUACGGUGAAGGUCUAUAAUGCUGACAAUUUUUCUGUUACUCAUCACCAUCUUUCUGAACCUUAUGUGGAUAGAGAAAUGGACACACAGCAGCCAGAUGCUCGGUUAGUAGCUGAAGAGGAAGCAAAGCGGUUGGACGAACUACAAAAAGAGGGAGAGAGAGAUAGGAGAGAACAGCUUGAAAAAGCACAUCUGAGAGGAAGUCAUGCCUUGAAGAUGGUCCAUUUGGCACAAGACCGGGAAAGGUUAAUGAAAGAACUUGAACAGAUGCAGAAUAUGGACCUGGCGCGCAGAAGACAGAUUGUGGCACAGAUGCCAUCACAGCUGUUCGAACCUGCAUACAGACGCAUGGAAAUUAAAGAAGACUGGCAGAGGGAACUGGAGUUUGCCUUUGAAGAUAUGUACAGUGGAGAUAGGAAAAUGAAAGGAGACAUGAUUUUGCACCUAGAGCCACAGCCUUUGCCAAUUCCCUCUGAUCGGUCUCAAGAUGAAGACUUGGAUAUCUCCCUGGAGCCAGAUGUUGCAUGUGAGACUCAACCAAAAAUGGAGGAGGUGACAGAAAAGGAAGCCCAGCACCCUAGUGAACCAGAGAAUCAUGAAAUGAGAGUGGCUCCCCAACCACAAUCAAAACUGGUCUUAAAAAAAUUGCUAAAUAAGAUCCGGAGCCAAAAAGACCAGUGGACUUCAAAAUGUGAAGCAGAGAUUCAAAGUGAAAUUGAGACAAUUGAGUCAGGAACACUUACUAGUGAAGAGAGACGAUUAUGUGAUUCAGAUCCUGGUCAUGAACAACAUACUGAUUCGGUCUCUGAGGCCAUAGAAUCUCCAGAAAUGUUGGAGCAUACUGUUAUAGCUGGAAAUUCAGUCCUAAUCCACCCUCAAGAACAAGCAGCCAAAAUCAGAAUGGAAGUUGAGAGACAAAAACAGAUAGAGCGAAUAGAGCAACAAAAACAGCAGCAGCUAAUUUUGCUUAAGCAAAUUGAAGAAAAGCGAAUGUGCUUAGAGGCAGAGUUCCUAAGGGUCCAAAUGCAGGCUCAGCUGGAGGAAAUAAAGAAAAAAGAGCAAGAGGAGAAAGCUGCAAGUGUUGAGCUGAGUCCUGAUCCACUUGUGAACCGACAGGGGGAAGUGGAACACGAGACUGAAACUGCUGCAGUGCCGGGAACAAGCAGUUCUAAUGAAGAAAAUCAUAUACAGAUGAUUCGUAACUAUCAACAAUGUCUUCUACUGCAAAACAGAUUGCACAAACAGUCAGUUGAAGAAGCCAGAAAACAGUUGCAGGAAUAUCAGAAUAAGUUGAAGCAAAGAUAUCCAUCUAUUUCUAUGCCAUCUGCAGUUACAUUGCAAUCCAGAUUUAUUAACUUAAAACCUACUACCUGUGAAUCAGUUUUACAAAUGCGUGGACCCACAGUGCUUCAUAGAGAUUAUCCAUCAGCUAGCCAGUCAUCUGUACAUGUUCAUGUACAAGAAUAUGCUCCGCCAUUAACCACACAUUCAAGAACACAUUUUGUGUUGGAAAAGCCAUUUGAACAGAGCGAUGACGAGCAAAGGCAUAACAUGGGCUCUAGUAGACAGAUACAAUCUAUAGAGGCCUCACAGUUGGAGCAAAGGCAGUUUCAUUUGCCACAACAGAAUUACCCUUCACAAGAACAGAUGGAAAUAUUGGGUCCUUCUGAUAAUCAGGUGAGAGACUUGUCAGAAUCCCAGAAGCUGCCUGGGUCAAUCAUGAUGACUUCACAAGAUUCUUCAGUUAUGAUGCAAACAGAGGCUCAUAUACAACAAGACAGUUCAACUUUGCCCACAGAAGAGUCAUCUGAGUCUUCAAGAACCCUGGAUCUUGAUAAAACGUCAGUAAUGUCUCAGAAGAUGCCAAACCUACUAAUAGAGACAGAAGCACAAAAACAGCCUCAGCUUAUAGUUCUUGGUACGCCAGCAGCAGAGGGGUCUCUGAUAGCUCAGGCUGCAUCAUUUGAUUCGUCAGAAUACCAGCAGGUACCUACAGAGAGCAGCAUAAAAACAACCUUUGAACAAACUAUCCCCCAGCCUUUUCAACAUCUUACUUCAUUAUCUCCUGAUGAAUCUGAGACUGGGGCAAGCCAGGAGUCCUUGGCAUCCAAAAAUGGAGGUGCAUCUUUGUUAAAUUAUUCCAGUAUACUAAAGUUAAGAGAGAGAGUGCUAGCUUCUUCAGAGAGCAUCCAAGCUCAGCAAGACCAUUUGAAAGAACUGCAAGAGCAACUGGAUGUACAAAGAGAAGCUCUUCUUUCUAGGCAGAGAAUGCAGGAAGAACUGCUUUUACGUAAGCAGGCUAAAUUGAAGGAACAGAUGCAGAGACAACAAGAGGCUUUGAAGGAUUUUCUUAAUAAGCAGGCAGAAGAAUCUGUCACAUACAGAGAGAUGACAGAAACACCGAAGUCUGACCACUUCAAUCUGAUGACUUACCUUUUCAAAGAUGCAGAAAAUAAAUCUCAAGAAGUUAAUUGUGGUGAUGUGAACAAAUAUGAUGAAAAUAGAUUGCUUUCACAAAGCAUCAGUCAAGCUGAGCAAAUCGAGCAGUCUCAAAGAAUUCUGGGAAGAGAACAGAGAUGGCGAACUGCAAAACCGCCUCUGGCUAAAAUCAAGUUAGGGCUAGAUUUGGAACAACAUGAAUUAAGUGUAAUACCAGAGCUAGACACGCCAAGGAGUGGCAAAGUUUCUUUUGCAGAUAAGACAGAUUCCGUUGGUGGAGAAGCUUCUCUCAUUUCAUCUGUGGAAGAGCUAGUGUCUGGCAUGUGCAAUAGUGAAUCGGUUCAUGAAGAAAGAGACUUAUCCAUAGCCAACUGGAAAGAACAAGGUUCUAGUGAAAACCCAAGAUGCACUAACCAACUAAGUAGUUCAUGGCAUGAAAGACUGAUGGUGGAUGCUAGUAGUUCACAUGAGCCAGCCAACCCCAAGGAUUCUGUUGUCAUGGGUCAAGAUUUACCAAUUUAUGCUGCUGACAUUGGAAGGAGAGUAAUUACAGAUUCUGGACCAUCAUUUAGACCUGAUAGUACGGUAGCACUUUCUAAAGGAUUGACAACCAGUUUUGCUCCACAGGCUUGUGCACGAGAGACAGCCUGUGAUUAUUUGUCUUCAACAACAAUUUCCACUGGCAGUUUUUUAACCAGUGAAAAGUUGGACCUAAGUCCUGCUAACACUGAGUUGUCUUCAAAUAGUGCCGAGGAUAGGAUAUUGAGAGAAACAGCAAGUAGCCCUUUGGACUCUUCUGCAUCUCCAACACCUACCACUGCUCAGCAGAGGCAAGAGAAUUCUUCUGAAGUUUCUGAAUUUCAUCUGCCUGCAGAAGAGAAUUUUAUCUCUAAUAGAAGUCAAAUUCAGCAGAUCAUAGACAAAUAUACGAAAGAUUUGAACUGGUUACCUGAAAACACUAUAUCUUUCCAUGCUCCAGCCGUUGGACUCGAUUUUUCUGAUAUGGAAAGAAAUUUCCCUAACUUUCAACGUCAGCUUUUUCAGCCUUUGGAACCAAGUCCUGACUUUGAUAUCUCAUCAUCCCUUUCUCAACAUAGGAUUUCCGAAGACAGCAAAGAUUUUAGCAAGAGUUUUGCUUUCUCAAUCCAAAGUCAAGACACAUCUGUAUUUCCUGAAGCCACAACCUCUAGCUUGAAAGCGAGAAGUUACAAUCUGCAUUCUUUUCUUAAUACAAAGAAGCUAAACAGUACUACAUCACAAGCAGAGGAGUCAAUUAAGGAAAAUGUUACUCUGGGUUCUGAAGAAUCUUUUCACCCUCUUCAGUUGGAAUCUACCCUGAAUGAGCACAGCCAGAGUACUGCACAACCAAUAGGUCUUCGCAUUGUAUUUGAACAAAAUUCUAAAAUUAAAAAAUCAGAGAAUGAGAACUAUGUUUCACCUGUUGGAGACCAAUAUGAGGGGCUGGCGAGAAAUAUAGAGAAUACUAAUCUCCAGUCUUCAGUGGAAAACCUGCGGAGUCCAACGCUGAGUUCAUCAGAAGAACUGGGUUCAUUUUAUCAGCUAAUUACAACACAGAUUACAGAAAAUGAGACUCUCCUGACUGAACAUUCAGUAAAAGAAGUUGCGGAACUGAGAAAAGAGAACUUGUGCUUUGAAGAAUUACCUGUUGUGACACCAAAUAAGCACAGGGAGCUUACUGAAACCCCAGUUCUUAGCAAUGAAGCAAAUAGGAUUGUGGAAGGUGACCAUUCACAGUGCAGUACAAAUAUAUUGGAGGAAGAACAAAGCAUUCUAGAAGUACAGAUGUCCUCUAGAAUGCCUAGAGCAGUAGACUCAGAAAUCUACAUCAACCCUUCACAAGCAACUAGACAACAAAAUGGUGGUUUGCCAGAAAUACCCCAAAACCAAAAUUCUAAUUCAGUGCUCACAAUAAGUUCAGGGUCACAUUCCUUACAAAGCCGUGUGCCAGUCUGGGAGACAGAGUCAGGGCAUGGGAUUAUGGAAGAACCUGAACUGACUCUGAUAAGCUCAAAUGACAUCAGUGUUGCAGAAUCAGACUUGGAACACAUUAGCCAAGAGAAAAAAAGAAAAAAUAAGUUGGAUAGCUUGGCAUAUGCUGGCCAGUCUGAACUUAAAAGUUGUUCUGAGCAGGGGAGAGACUUUUUACCUUUAGACCCAGAAGCAGAUUACUCUGUUUUCACGCUUCCUGACUACUCUGCAAUAGCUCAGAGUCCUAAUGAGGAUCAGUCUCCAUUACAUCAAUCUGCAGUCAUGUUGCUAGAGUUCACUUCCACACCAGGUAGUUUACAAGAAUCAUUUUUAAGGAGAAAGAAAAACUUUAUUCAGAAGUCCUCUAAAAGAGUGGAGGAAAUAAAAAACAGAGAGAGAUGUUCUGAAAAGCCUCAAGCUAAGCUGUUUCAAAGAGACAAGACUGAAAGAUUUAACAUGCCAAAGGAGGAUUCUCCUACUUCUGGUGCAGUUGUCAGUCAGUUGAAGAAAGUGGGGGAAGUGAAAGUGUGCUCUCCAGAGGACAAAAGGUCUGCAGAUGUUCAAAUGCAGCAGCGCACUUUAAGACUUUAUAAUCAACUAGCCGAAGUGAAAAUCAGAAAGGAAGAGAAAUCAAGACAAGAAACCUAUGCUAAAAACAGAGAAAAGGCUAGAGAGUUUCAAAAGAAAACAUUGGAAAAACUACGAGCCAAAAAGACACAUUGAACACUACAUCCUUUAAGAGACUUCUGCCAAUAAGAAGUGCUUGACUCCUUUCUCAGUUCAAUCCAAGGAAUGUAUGAGAAGGCCAAAGUCACAUUAAGCAAUAUCAUUAUGUAACUGUGAAGUACUGAGCUUUGAUCUAGGUCAAAAAAUCAUAAUUUAAAUAAUGUAGCAACUUAAUUUAUUCCCAAGAUUUGAAUGAUCACCACCACCAACGCUUGCCUAAUUACAGAUUUGGUCUGCCAGUUUAUACUCCAUUUCUGCUUGUAUUAUGAUUCAGAUUAUUGUACAAAGGCUUUUUUACAUUGAGGAUGGUCUGCAUUUAAAAGUGAAGGGUCAGCUGAAUCUUUUUAAUAAAGUUUUGUAAUGAAACCUGG